AGACUGAGAAAAACUUUUUGACGAUCAUUUUUGGGACUGGUCCGCGAGAGCAACUAAUUUGCGUGCAAACACUUCGAUGGCUGUCUAUAAAAUGAGCUGACAGCUCAAACUAUCCUGUACGGUAUAUGGUUCGCCUCUCAGAUAACUACCCUUGAAAAUAUGGCGAUUUAUCACUUCACCCCACUUAUCACUUCACCCCACUUUACCUUAUUUUUAAAAAAUAAGUGUUUUAAUAGAAACUUCAGAUAGUGAAAAUGGCUAACCGCAGAGAAAGAAAAACUGAUCAUGGUGUUUCUGAUUUUGAUGCAUUGCUAAAUGCGAUCAAAGCCAUCAAAAUAGAAAAGAAACGCAUCAGACCUACCGCCCGUGCAUAUUCCAUCAGCAAGACCAGUUUAACACGAUAUGUGGAAAAGCUUGACAAAGAGGUUGCAGAUAUUUCCAAAUUGUCUGAUGUCGAAUUGUUGGCUAUUUUACGUCGAAUUGCAUCGUAUGCGACACCAAAGCUGGUUUUCAAUGGAGAAGAAGGAGAAGCUCUCGUCGUAUAUCUCGUGCGAUGCUGUCAUCUCUAUUACGGCCUUAGCAUUACCGAGUUGAGACAGUUAGCCUACCAAUAUGCGCGCAAGCUGAAUAUCGCUUAUCCAACGAAUUGGGAUACUGAUCAAAUGGCCGGAAAAACCUGGUAUUAUGGCUUUAUGUUGCGGCACAGAAAUCUUUCCUUGCGAACACCCGAACAAACUAGUAUCAACCGAAUCAGAUCAUUUUGCAAGGAAAAUGUCAAGCAGUUUUUCGAUCAGUAUAAGGGUCUCAUGGAUAUUCAUCACUUUGAGCCACAUCAAAUUUGGAAUAUGGAUGAGUCUGGUUUCUCAACAGUGCCAACAAAAUUUGGAAAGGUAAUCGCAGUUAAAGGUCUCAAACGAAUUGGACUGGCUGCUGCGGCCGAACGUGACAAUUUAGUAACAAUGGCUCUAUCUGUGAAUGCAGAUGGUAACUCUGUGCCACCAUUCUUUGUUUUUCCCCGGAAAAAUAUGCAGAGUUAUUUUAUGGAUAGUGCUCCUCCAACUGCUGGUGCUGCAUGCAACGAAUCUGGUUGGAUGAAACAGGUGGAAUUUGUCAAAUACAUGGAGCAUUUCAUCAAAUACGUGAGUCCUAGCCUAAAAAAACCAGCACUGCUGCUUCUUGACAACCACACAUCGCACUUGUCAAUUGAAGCAAUUGAUUUGGCUCUGGAUAACGGCAUUGUUAUGCUAGCUUUUCCGCCACAUUGUUCGCAUUACGACUAG